GUGGCACUGAGCAAAAGCAUGAGCCUGCAGCCCUGAGCAGCCCCUUGCUCAUUCUGUGAUACAGCUCUGGUUUUGCUACAGGACCAAGUCCUUUUGUGUGGGGGUAGCUAGCUUGCUGUAAAACCCUAAUAGAGUCAAGACCGUAUUCUAAACAGAUAGUCAAAAUCAAUUCCUGUAGUGCAGUGCAACUGUUUGUGACCUAUUUCUGGUGUUACGUUCCAGUGAGAUGGCUGGGCUUGUGGGGAGAGGUGGUAGCUGCUGUUAGACCAAAUGAGUAAGCUGGAGGGGAAAAGCUUCCUCUCAGGGUCUGUAAUAGGAGUAUGGAUCCUUAGAUGCAAUUUAAGAACAACUACUUUCAGUGUAGACAUGUUAAUAGGUGAGGCGGUCUGAGGAAAAAGGUGGUUGAUAACCUGUGGGGAAGAAGAGCUGUUAUCCAAGGAAGAGGUGGUAAAACUGUUCACUUCUUGGGAGCAGGGAGGAAGACUUCAUUAUCAUCCAGGGACCUGCUGGAUUAGCUGCAAGACACAGUGUGUAUGAAUCAGGAUUAUCAGUGGGAGUUUGUCCUGAGAAAACUCUGGAUCUGCCUUCUGUGUGGUUCAUUUAAGUAGUAGUUGGUUUUCUACAUCGUCUGAAACAACAAGGCUGUGACCACAUAUACAAGUAACCAGUCUUCUUGAGAGGAUUAGAGGAGAAGGGUGCACUCACAAUGGCUGCUGAGUUGGAUUUCUCCCCGCCUGAAAUCCCUGAGCCCACGUUCAUGGAGAAUGUGUUACGCUACGGACUCUUCUUUGGAGCCAUUUUCCAGCUUAUCUGUGUGCUAGCCAUAAUCCUGCCAGUUUCAAAGUCCCAUAAGACAGACUCGGACAGUUUUGAGCCUAAGAAUUCAGAGACAGUGAAGAAGCCAAAGGCAACUGCUCCACAGAUCAGCAAGAAACCCAAGAAGGAAACCAAAAAGAAACGAUAAAGCCAUGACUGAUGAGCCUCAGAAGACAAAAUAAUCAGCUAUAAUCACGCUUCCUCGGAGAUGACAUCAAAGGCAGCUAACUAUAUUAAAUGGUUUUCUGGCAUUGCCACGCUUUACCUUUUGGGGACAAGGGAGAAGGUACUUAUGAGAGCGGAGGGGACAGGGUUCUGCAAUAGAUUUCUUACAAGCAAAGAGGACUUUACAUAUCCAGGGCUUUGUUUGACAUGGUUAAUGUGUCAGUCACCAUUAAAGUGACUUCUGUCAUUUCUCAUGGGUAGAGAGGCCUGUUUUAGCUCCUCCAUGCUGGCUAGGCAUUGUUGUAAAGUCCCUGUGGAAGGUGGAGCAUGGAUUUGCUACUUUGGAUACCGGUUUGUGUUGUACUUUUUGAAGGCAGAGGUAUUAAAUGCAUCAAGGAUACCACACUACACAGCUUUGUAUUCAUCUCUGUUGUCAUCUAGUCUGAAAUACAUAGCUGCAUUUUAUGGCUUAAUAAUAA